AUGAAGUCCUUCGUUUACGCUGCCGGUCUCGCGCAGCUGGCACGCUCGGCUGCUGCUUUGCCUCUUGCCGCGGCCCAGUCGUCCGUGUCUGCUGCCACGUGCAAUGGCACAUUCAACUCCAUUACUGCGCAGCAGUUCGUCGAUGCUCUCAACCCGGGCUGGAACUUGGGCAACACCCUGGACGCUGUCGAGGACGAGGGCGACUGGGGCAAUGCUCCUGUCACCGAGGAUACCUUUGAUGAUAUCAAGGCUGCCGGCUUCAAGGGCAUCCGCCUUCCUAUCACCUGGGCCUACCACUUCACUUCCGAGUCGCCUGACUGGACUGUUGAUCCUGCGUGGCUGGACCGCGUCGAUGAGGUCGUGGACAUGGUGGUCUCCAGGGGCUUCUCUACUAUCGUGAAUGUGCAUCACGACAGCUGGAUUUGGGCUGACGUAUCAGCGAGCGGAGCCAACUACACGCUCAUCGAGGAGAAGUUCUAUAGGCUCUGGUACCAGAUUGGAACCAAGCUGGCUUGUAAGUCCGAGCUUGUCGGCUUUGAGCCCAUCAACGAGCCUCCGGGUGACACGGCCGAGCACGGCGCCGAGUUGAACAAGUUGAACAACAUCAUGCUCCAGGCCAUCAACGAUGCUGGCGGAUUCAAUCCUCAGCGUGUCGUUACCCUGCCGGGUCUUGCCGAGGACAGCAUCAAGACUAGCACUUACUUCGAGCCGCCGAGCGCAAACUACACCAACCCCUGGGCCAUCCAGUACCACUACUACUCUCCUUAUGACUUCAUCUUCAGCGCCUGGGGCAAGACCAGGUGGGGCUCCGACGACGACAAGGCCACGCUCGAGGCCGACAUUGCCAACAUCCGCAACAACUUCACUGAUGUUCCGCUGGUCAUUGGCGAAUGGGCCGCCUCUCCGGUGGCGACCGAGUCUGCAGCACGCUGGAAGUACUUCGACUUCAUCCUCCAGAUGGCGAACAAGUACAACACGUCUACCAUGCUCUGGGACAACGGAUUCGACUUCCUCGACCGCACCGCUCACUCCUGGCGCGACCAGAGCGCCAUUGACAUCUACAUGAACGCAGUCAAGGGCGUGGCCAACUCGCUGCCCGACAGCACUGAGGACGGACAAGCCACGAGCCAGUUCACUUCGGCGUACAUCUGGCACCAGGUGGGCACGCCCGUGGCGGCGCAGAGCCUGCCCUUCCUCUUCAACGGCAACACGCUUUCCAGCGUCAGCCUCGGCGGCAACCCGCUCGCCGAGGGCACUGACUACUCGGUCAACGGAACCAGCAUCAGCUUCACCCAGUCUUUCCUUGCACAGCACGUGUCCGAGGACGCGGCGCCCGGCAUCAAGGCGAACCUGACGCUGUCCUUCUCGGCCGGCGCCGACAUCGAGGUCCAGAUCGUGCAGUGGGACGUGCCGACCAUCAGCACCAACACCACCACGGCGGCGGCAGCCGACACUGGAUCCGCCUUCUCCAUCCCCAUCACCUGGAAGGGCCUGAACAAGCCGGCAACGGUCAAGGCCCUGACGGCGGACGGCACGUUCCUAGUCGACGAGUGGACGCAAUACCUGGGCCCGCUGGAGGCGGCGCACAUGACGUACAGCGGCCAGUGGAACUGGGACGCGUCCAACAUCAUCCUCACGAGCAGCGCGGUCAAGGCGGUCGUGAGUGCCGGCAAGACGACCACCUUCACGCUCGAGUUCUACCCCCGCGUGCCUGGCAAUGCGGUCAACUACACGCUCACUGUUUGA